UGUUGCCAUUUGUAUGGUUAGUGAGAGCUCGAAAGUCCCUACAAGACCAACGCAUUGUAAUUAGACAAUUGAAAACUGACCGUUGAAAGCAGAUUCUUUUAUUUCGUUGUUAUCGCUUUUAUAGCGUGGAUCGCAAUUAUUUCCGAAUGCGUAAUUAAGUCACCCGUUGGUAUGGCAGUGGAAAACACAAUCAAUUAGUAGAACUGUGUCCUAUUUUUAUGAAUUUCUAAUUCCAACCGAUUUUUGACUGUCUAUGAGAUUAACAACUUGACAAAUAUGCAUGGUUUUCGAACUUAGUUAGCUAAUUUACAUGAAAUUACUCAUGAAAUAAUUGGAAACUGCUAAGGAUCGUUAGAACACGUUAAAUAUGAAACAUCUAACGCGUUAAACUAGUUCUCUAACGCGUAAAUUUAGAAGUCAACGAGUAUGAAGGCUGUUUUCAUGGUUUUUUUUUGAAACUACGUUCGGUCGCGUUAAGUUUGGGAAUUAAAUCCAUUUAAAUGCGUUAUAUAUAGAAUAUUUGAUUAUUUUCAUAUUUAAUGCCUUCUAGUACUCGUCAACGUCUUCAUGGGUGUAUAUUAUUGCCAACAGGAUACUGUUCAUUUUAUUCGUGUUUUUAUUUAUUUUUAUAGUAGAUCUAUUAGAAUCCCUAGUGGCAGCAUUAGAAAAAAGUUAAUGGGAAAUCAUGUUCGAUUAAAUGAUAGAUGUGAUUGUGUUUUUUUAGCAAAUCUUAAUAGAAUAUAUAAUAGUCUACUAUAUAUACAUGCCUAUUUUUCUUUUUUUCAUGUUUUUAUGAAAAUCACUGUAAUUCCUAUACUUUCUAGGAUUUGAUGGAAGAUGCAUUAAUGUCCUACGAUUUUUUCAAUGGUACCAUGGAAAAUAAAUUAUUCAAACCCGUCUUUAAUAUAACAUCACCAGAUCCAAACCGAAUAUAUCGGCAUCCGAUACUUUAUGCGGUAGCAAUUUAUGCUGCAAGUUUAGUUAUCAUUGGCACAAUUGGUAAUCUUUUAACAAUAUUUAUUCUAAUUCGUCCGAAUUUACGAUGUCAUACAACCAUGCGUUAUUUAAUCGCGGCAGCCGUUUCCGAUUUAUGUACACUUUAUAGUUGGAAUUUAAAUUUAUUCUACAAACAUAUGAUUAAUCCAUAUCAAAAUGAUAUGGAAGAUUUAUCACUAUGCACAUGUCGUCUAAUAUCAUUUUUAGCUUUUACAUCGUUACAAUUGUCAUCAUGGUAUUUAAUGAUAGUUAGUUUUGAUCGUGCAAUGAAUAUUUAUUUUUUAUUUUGGAAAAAAGGUCUUGGAAAACCUCACAAUGCAACAUAUAUCAUUUUUGUUGUGGCCAUUUGUAUUAUUCUAUUAAAUUCUCAUCUUUUAUUUCUUAAUGGAUUUGUUGAUCGAACUUGUACACCAUAUGGUAAACAAACUUGUAUUGUGUGUUAUAAACGAUUAAUAGAUUAUCGAUACGUCUUUCCUAAAUGGGAAAAAGUUCAUUUAAUUUUGUACAAUUUAAUUCCAUUUACGAUAAUGAGUAUGUGUAAUGUUUUUAUUAUUUAUCGAACAUUGACAGCCACAAAACGAUUAUCAAAACGACAAACAAAUAGUCAUAACGCCAGUACAAAAAAUCGUAUUCGAAAACAACGACAAUUAACAACAAUGUUAAUUUUAGUCACAUUUUUGUUCAUUAUCUUAACUAUGCCUGCAAUGAUCUACCAUGUAUUUCUACGACAUUUAUUUGAAAAGAAAAAACCAUUGAAAUAUAUUCUUCAGGGCAUACUAUUAUGUAUUCAAUUUACAAGUCAUGCUAUUAACUUUUUUGUUUAUUGUUUUACGGCAUCUAAUUUUCGAGAUGAAAUGCGUAAAUUAUUUCGUUUACAUCGAAAAGGACAACAACACAAACAUGCACUAAUGGAUGAAUAA